GAUCAAGGCUCAGGCAUCACACAGGGACCGAGUAGAACGACAAGGUGCAAACAGUGCCCACCAAUGGGACAUAAAAACAAUCAGUAGAUCUGAACAUCAGCUUUGCCUGCCGAACCUUAACCGCCGUUUCUGCUCAAAACAUCGUAGUAAAAACCAAAAGUCUUCCAUCUUUACGCGGUUUCACACCAACAAGGUCGGACAAAAUGGCAGCAAUUCCAUCAACUGGCUCCCUCAUCGCCACUCACGAUUACUACAGAAGGCGCAUAGGGUCCACUUCCAGCAACAGCUCCUGUGGCAGCGCAGAGUACAGCGGCGAGGUCAUUCCACACCACCCAGGUCUGCCGAGACAGGACUCCGGUCACUGGUGGUCUUCUUUGUUCUUCGGGAAGCAGAACCAGACCGCCAUGCAGAACGGCUCCGACUCUCAAAAGAACGGCGUCUACACGGUCACAAACGGGGAGAUCACCUGCAUCGCUCAGGAGAUGGUCCGCAAGAGGCAGCUCAGUGAAAGCAGUGAUUUGGGGAAGUUUGAGGCGACGACGACAGCAGCCUCCCCUCCGACGUCCCCCCCGACCGCUUCCUCCUAGAUUCCAGUGGCUCCCCCCCCCUCCCCCCCCGCCCCCGCCCAGCCCAGCGGCCAGCAGCCGGCCGACGCACUCACAUAGUCCUUCACCAGGAGAUGGAGUCCCCGGCUGGCAUGCUCCCAGCCCCUCCUCUCUUUGUUUGUCUUUAUAUAUAUAUAUAGAGAAAGAUAUUUACAUUUUUUUAUCUUGACCAAAAACAGUCAAAUAUUUUAACGCUUAUUUUCACUUUUUACACUGUUCAUGUUGCUGGCAAAUAAAAAAUACUUGCAGCAAA